AUGACCACCAAGGCGAAAGCACACCCGCUCAAUGGCAUGCACACGGCCGGCAUCUUCUCGGACAUGAGCAUUGACGGGCCCGAGAUUGGCACGCUGGUCGUGGUCGUCGACCGGGCCAAGAACCUGCCGAACCGCAAGACCAUCGGCAAGCAGGACCCCUACUGCGCCGCCCGUCUGGGCAAGGAGGCCAAAAAGACCACCACCGACAUCCGCGGCGGCCAGACUCCCAAGUGGCAAGAACUCCGAUUCACCGUGCACGACUCGCCCGACUACUACCAGCUUAAGGUCUCGGUAUUUAACGACGACAAGAAGACGGAACUGAUCGGCGAGACGUGGAUCGAUCUGCGUGCCAUCGUCGUGCCGGGCGGCGGCCAGAGCGAUCAGUGGCACCAGCUCGCCUACAAGGGCAAGUACGCUGGAGAGGUCCGCAUCGAGAUCACGUACUACGACAGCCGUCCCAAGCCGGAGAAGCCCGCCGUCAAGGCAAAGCCCCCGGUGUCUGCCGAGCCGGAAGGGAGCGCCGCUGCUACCGCCGGGCCGAGGUCGGCACCUAAGCGCCGUCCGUUGCCCUCCGACCCGGUCACCGGAAAAGCCCCUGCUUCUGCUUCGCCGGCGCCAGAGCAGGUCGAGACGCCCCCGCGACCUCAGCCAAAUCCCGGGCCUGUCCCGCCCGGCGAGUACGACACUGCCCCUGCAGCACCGGCACAGCACCACUACCAGCAGCACUACCAUCAGCCAGAUCACCCGCGCGGGGAUCCCAACGGCGAGCUUGGGACGCCUUCUCGCCGGACGGAUGCGCCUCCCCACCAGUUUCGGACUCCCGACAGAGCGGAACAGUACUUGGCCCAGCACCAGAACCCGGGUUCCAGUCCCGCUUACCAGCAGCAGCCGGCAUACGACCGUCGCAAGUCGUACGAUUUUCCAUCGCCGAAUGGCGCAGCUGGCCCUGAUGACGACAGGCCGCCGCCGCCGCCAGCCCAUCGCAGCCGGACCGGUAGCAACCCGGCCAUGAAUGGGGCGUUCCAGGCGACGCCGCCUACGAUGCGACACGAUGUGCUGAGGAGCGAAGCGCACCGGCAUUCUGCUUCGGCAAGCUACCCCGGGCGGCCCACCUACAAGCCCUACGAUUCGGCCCCAGCCGCUCCUACAGGCUCCUUGUAUCCGGAUGCCGACCAGGCCCCGCCGGCGCGUCAUUAUUCGUAUGAUUCGGCCUACGACACCCCGCACCGAGCCAUGCAGGCCACGGUCGAGGACGUGCCCGAGUCGCCAGAGUCGAUGAGCAACCAGUUCAGAAGGACCUCGGGUCGGUGGCCGCAGCCUCAGCCCCAGCCGCAGUUUGAACCAGACUACGACAUGUCGGCGAGCCCCGCGCCGCUCAGUUUGUCGGGAAGGGCCAGCGAUGAGCUAGCGCGGUACUCUCACGGCCCAGUCGUCCCGGACCCGAGGCACCAUGGGACCAAUGGGUACCGGAUGCCUCCGUCUGAUGUCCCGCAGAGGAAAUCUCCCGAAUAUUCGCCCAAUUACGGCCGGGAUUCUGAGCUGUCCCUACCCGCUGCCGGCUCUCAGGGAGACCAGAGAGCCCCGUACCGCGGCGAGAUCGAUGACACUUCGCACCGCUAUCCGGCGCCUCCAGUGCCUGCAUCACUCGUCCCGGGCAUCGACCCGAGCUUGGCCCAAGAGAUCUCGGAGCGGAUCGGCCAGGACAGACGGCAGUCGAACCAGCGGCGGCAUACGCAGCAGGCCACGGUAGAGACCCCUCCCAGGGGGAGACCUAUGGUCCAACGACACGACCAUGAUGGCUCCCCGGCAGCAUACAACACCCGGCCGGCGCCCGCCCACAGCAGGAGCCCCGUCGUGUACACAAACGGGCCGUCGACGUCCAGCGUCAACGUGGUGAUCAAGUCGCGCGCCUACUCCCCAAACCCGCCGCGCGAUCCGAGCCCGAAUCCGCACCAACAACACACCAUUCGGCGCAAGUCGGUCAGCCCGAGGCCGCCCGUGGAUAACGACCGCCGGCUAUCUGGCGUCCCAUUCAGCCCCGACUCGUACGAUGCGCUGAACCCGACCGCCUCGUCUGCCGCAAUCAACGACUCGGCGGCCUCCCGUCCGGACUACCACGAAGAGAGCGGCAAGAUUAUCACUCACGAUGGGCGCGCGGUGGAUCCCUCCGACCACCUGCCGAUGGAGAGCUGGGCACCGGAGCCCGAGCCUAAGCAGUCCCUAUCCACUUCGCCGUCAGCUCGCCCUUCUCCGUCCGGCCCGCAACCCGCUCCGUCCUCGGGUCGUCGGCAGCUGCGUGUCGCCGGCAGGCCGCAGUCGAUGCUCCCCAGCUCGUCCGGCAUAUCCUUCUCCGGUUCUGACCACGUUGAACCCGCGACGCCCUCUCCGCCGGUCUCGACGGGCCGUAAUCGCCUGCAGAAGAAAGCCGCCUAUCGCCAAUCCACCUCGGCCAUCGUGCCCCUCAUGUCCGGCGCCAACGGGCCCGGUCCGGGAGCCGACCGCGACGGCUUCCGACGGAGCAGCGCCAACGGCAUCGAACCCACCCCGCUCGCCCCCAUCCCCCCUCACCAGGACAACUUCACCCCGCCGCGACACCCGCCCCGCGCCGCGACCUUCGACUACGCCGCCGGCCCGGGCAGCGAGAACUACGCCCCGCAGCACCAAUCCCACCCAUAUUCUACCUCCCCCGGCGGCGUCCCCCUCGCGCUGCCGCCGCCGUCGCCGCCCGGUCCUCCGAGUUCCUCCUCCGCUGCGAGCGGCGCGCUGCAGCUGCACAGCAGCAGUGUCGCGCGGCGCGCCGGCACGGGCAUCGAUGACGGGUAUUAUGACCACCACGCUCAUCAUCCUCACCAGGCUCAUCCGGCUCAGCAGCAGCAGCAGCAGCAGGGGUAUGAGAGGGAUGUGUAUGGCGGCGGUGGGAGUGGGGGUGGUGGAGCGAGCUUGUCGCUUGAGGAGGAGCUGCGGCAGAUCGAUAUCGGCUCCGGCAGGUCGUCGCGGAAGAAUGCGGCGCAGGCGCAGGCGCAGGUGUAUGGCCAGGGGAUGGGCCAGGGGUAUGUGUACGGUCAGGGCGGAUACUGAUCUGUGCUGAGUGUUGAGUCGCCGUGCAAGCGAGCACUUGAGUGGUGGCGGUGACGGUGAGGUUGGUGGGUGUCGGUUAGGCGGUGUUGGGUCGGUCCGGAUGAGCUUGGCCCUGGUGAGUUCGAGUUCCUGUGGCCCGUGAGGAAUGGGGAGAAAGAGAUUCCGUGACAGGUUACAGGUAGGGAUCGGAUGCUCCCAUGGUACCGCAGCUGCGGCAGUUUCCUCCCACUGGUACUGCCAGCCAGCAGCAGAACCAGCGGCAGUGCCAGCGUCAGUAAUGGAUUAACGGAUGCGGGAGAUGAGCUGCUUACUGGAGUGGGAUGCGGCCAUCGUCAUCAUUUGUUUGUAUAACAGGGUGUUGUCACUGAUCUGGCGUGUUCAUCUGUUCUGUUUUGCAGUUUAGGGUCGGUGUCGGGGCAUGGCGGCGUUUUGUGCGAUUACUACC